CUAAAAAGUUCAGAUAAGUCACCUCUGUGACAGGGGUCUGCCAUCCCAAACAGUUCAGGAAAGACGGCACAGGACUGGAUAAAUAAUUAAGGAAAGGGCUGUGAGGUCAAAUGGACCCCAUGGAACUGAACCACGUCAACAUUGAACCCGACGGAGACAGCUGCAGCGGGGACAGUAUUCAGGACAGCUACACCGACAUGGGAAACUCUGACAAGGAAGCCAUGAACAGCCAAUUUGCUAAUGAAGAUGCCGAAAGUCAGAAGUUCCUGACAAAUGGGUUUCUGGGAAAGAAGAAGCUAGCCGAUUACGCGGAGGAGCACCACCCUGGAAUGACUUCCUUCGGAAUGUCCUCAUUUAACCUGAGCAACGCCAUCAUGGGCAGUGGGAUCUUGGGCUUGUCCUAUGCCAUGGCCAACACGGGGAUCAUCCUUUUCAUAAUCAUGCUGCUUACUGUGGCCAUACUGUCGCUCUACUCGGUUCACCUUUUGCUGAAGACAGCCAAGGAAGGAGGGUCUCUAAUCUAUGAAAAAUUGGGCGAGAAAGCAUUUGGAUGGCCUGGGAAAAUUGGAGCUUUCAUCUCUAUUACAAUGCAGAACAUUGGAGCCAUGUCAAGCUACCUCUUCAUCAUUAAGUAUGAACUGCCUGAAGUAAUCAGAGCAUUCAUGGGACUUGAAGAAAAUACUGGGGAAUGGUACCUCAACGGCAACUACCUCGUCUUAUUUGUGUCCGUGGGGAUCAUCCUCCCGCUCUCUCUCCUUAAAAAUUUAGGUUACCUUGGCUACACCAGUGGAUUUUCCCUCUCGUGCAUGGUGUUUUUCGUCAGUGUGGUGAUUUACAAAAAAUUCCAAAUACCCUGCCCUCUGCCCGCUCUGGAUCACAAUAACGGAAAUCUGACGUUCAACAACACGCUUCCGAUGCACAUGAUCUCGCUGCCUAAUGACUCGGAGAGCACGGGUGUGAACUUCAUGAUGGAUUACGCUCACCACAACCCUGCUGGGCUGGAUGAGAAGCAGGCCGCAGGGCCCCUUCACAGCAACGGUGUGGAGUACGAAGCCCAAGGUGCUGAGAAAUGCCAGCCCAAAUACUUUGUGUUCAAUUCCCGGACGGCCUAUGCGAUCCCAAUCCUGGCGUUUGCUUUUGUCUGCCACCCUGAGGUCCUUCCCAUCUACAGUGAGCUUAAAGAUCGAUCCCGCAGAAAGAUGCAGACGGUUUCCAACAUUUCCAUCUCGGGCAUGCUCGUCAUGUACCUUCUCGCGGCCCUCUUUGGCUAUCUGAGCUUCUAUGGGGAUGUUGAAGACGAGUUGCUGCAUGCUUACAGCAAAGUCUACACAUUUGAUACGGCUCUUCUCAUGGUGCGCCUGGCAGUCCUGGUGGCAGUGACACUGACCGUGCCCAUCGUCCUGUUCCCGAUCCGUACUUCGGUGAUCACACUGCUGUUUCCAAGAAGACCCUUCAGCUGGCUGAAGCAUUUCGGGAUCGCCGCAAUCAUCAUCGCACUCAACAACAUCCUGGUCAUCCUGGUGCCUACCAUCAAAUACAUCUUUGGAUUCAUAGGGGCUUCUUCUGCAACUAUGCUGAUUUUCAUUCUUCCGGCUGCGUUUUAUCUCAAGCUCGUCAAGAAAGAACCUCUAAGAUCACCCCAGAAGAUUGGGGCUUUGGUCUUCCUUGUGACUGGAAUUAUUUUCAUGAUGGGAAGCAUGGCGCUCAUUAUACUCGACUGGAUUUACAACCCUCCGAAUCCCAAUCACCACUAAUCCCGGGGAGACGAUUCUCCGAUGGAAACGGCUGAAAUUGUCUUAAGGACAUUUUAGUUGUCUUGAUUGGGAUGUUAGUCUGAGGAAUUAACAAGAUUCCUAAGACGUUUUUCUAGUUCUAUCAUGGGAUACUUGUGGAAGAGAAAAAUUAUGGGUUUUUUGGGGAAUGGUUUUGUUGGGAAUGGUGAAGGAUGCAUUAAAAUUCUGUGGCACACAUUUUAACCCAG